AGCCUCAAAAUACUUUUUUCCUUAGCUGUUUUUAUCGAGUGGCCAGGUGCCUAUGGGGGUGUUCUAAGAAGACGUUAGUCGGGACCCAGAACGUGGGAAGUAUUGGUUUCCGUAUCGAUUUGGUGAUCGUAAACUGAUUCGAAUCUCUGAAUCCCAAGUGCACGCCGAAUUUACGGAACCAAAAACGCUCUGACGCCCGCAUUUAUGGGCGGACGCACAAGUAUGUUACGAUGGCUCGAUUGCUUUUGCCUAGCGGAAAUCAUUCAGUAAGGACCAAGUACUAAAUAACCAAGGAAAAGGAAGUGAGUCAAGGACGUACUCCUCUUGGUGACAGCGUGGGCCGCUGAGAUUUGGGAGUCUGCGCUGGGUCCGCUUGGAGUUCUGAGCGGAUGGAAGAUUUCAGUCAUGUUUGCACCCGCGGUGAUGCGUGCUUUUCGCAAGAACAAGACUCUCCGCUACGGAGUCCCCAUGUUGUUGCUGAUUGUUGGAGGUUCUUUUGGUCUUCGUGAAUUUUCUCAAAUCCGAUAUGAUGCUGUGAAGAUUAAAAUGGAUCCUGAGCUUGAAAAAAAACUGAAAGAGAAUAAAAUAUCUUUAGAGUCGGAAUAUGAGAAAAUAAAAGACUCCAAGUUUGAUGACUGGAAGAAUAUUCGAGGACCCAGGCCUUGGGAAGAUCCUGACGUCCUCCAAGGAAGAAAUCCAGAAAGCCUUAAGACUAAGACAACUUGACUCUGCUGAUUCUUUUUUCCUUUUUUUUAAAAAAAAAAAAAUGUUAUCAACUGGACUUCCUAAUAUAUACCCCUAUCAAGUGGAAAGGAAAUUCCAGGCCCAUGGAAACUUGGAUAUGGGUAAUGUGAUGACAAAUAAUCUUGAUAAAAGGUCAUGUACAGGUUUUUAUACUUCCCAGCUAUUCCAUCUGCGGAUGAAAGUAACAGUGUUGGCCACGUAUAUUUUACAACUUGAAAUAAAAAAUGUAAAUACUGCUCCAAAA